AAGCUCAAGUUCAUUGUAAACUUGCGAACGGUAAACAUGUCCAUGAAACUAUGGAUCGCUCUGAGAAUAUGGAUCGGUAUCAUGCAACAACUGGGCGUGGUGCAGAGUAUAAUUGUGGAACGAAAUUUACACUCCUACUAUCGUCUACCCAUCUCGGCUGUGAGGCGUACUAACAUGACCCAGGAAUACUAUAUACUGCAGUGUCCGUUCAAGUCCUCAUUGCAGAUACCCAAACCCAAAGAUAUGGAUAUUUGUACAAUUGCAGGCCGCUACAAGGACGAGGAGAAGGAUAAGGGCGAGAAAAUAAAACCGGUGGUAGAAUUGACGGGUAGCACGGCGAAAAAGAAUGGGCAUAGCAAAGCUGAACACAGAAAUCUCAAGGCCCCCAAGGAAGUGAAAUGGAUAAAAAUUAAAAAGAGAAAACCCAAGAAAAUUGUAAUGCUAGUCAAGAAGCCGCCCAAAACGAAGGAGUACUACAAGCGACCGAAAACGGAAAUAACCGAACAAUACAAGGCCACUAAUGUCCGACUGUAUUUGGACCAUCCAGCCUCGGCUUCGGAGGCUAAAAUUACUGUAAAUGGUAAGGCGGUGCAGGUGCAUGAUUCCCAAGCCUCCGGUUCGUCGAUGAUGAAGCCGAAAAUGCUACCAAAACCACUGCAAAAACCAAGGAUAUCCACCGACAAAUCAAUGGAAAAGGAAUACAGAGAUAAUUCCCAACCACAACAAAAGCAAACAAAUUCCAAACAAAUGGACAUGGAUUUCAUAGAUGACGACUCAUCUGAAUCACAGGAAAGAGAUAAAGAAGAUAGGAGGUCCUCUCCAAAUAGUCCCUUGAAAUAUUUGGCAACCAAAAAUGUCUUGAAAAAGUUACAACUGCCUCACAAAGGCAAACCUAAUCGUCCUCUGGAUAAAUCGGAAAAAUUCUACGCCCAAUCAAAGAAAUAUAAAAAAGGUUUCAAAACGAAAGGCUAUCAAAAUAUGUAUCAUCGCGAUGAAAUCUAUCAGGACCACAUCUACUAUGAUGAUCUACAGGAAAGAGGCAAAUAUGAUAUUUAUAAAAAAGCGAAAAAGAAAUUUUGAUUUGAAAUAA